AUGGAGCGGGAUCACUUUGAAACAAACCCUGCUGCCGGUUCUUCAUCCCAACCUAUGUUACUUGACAACCUGCUGGCAAAAGAGAAUUUGAUAGAUAAUAAAAUUAUUGUGCCAGUUGAGAACAACAAGAAGCGUCACCCACACAUGAAUAUCCUUUCAAGAGAUAAUGGGGAUCCACCAGCCAAGAGAAGGCUUGAUUUUACUGAUAUGGAUGAGGGUUGUGGCCCAGCCAUUGCACUUGCCCCCAAUAUUGUGGACAGCAGCUUGACCAUCCAUCCUUCGGCCAAGCGUUAUCUGAGGAUACGCAAAGCAUGGACACGACUGAGAUCGAGAAGAUUUUCUUCAACUAGUCUCCCUAGGAAUUUCGCUAGCAUUUCCAAGAUCAAAGCUAUGCUAGACAAACUGGUUGCUAUUUCCCAACAAUUGCAACUUGCCCGCUCUAAAUUUGAAGCAAGAUCUGGACGAGUAGACCAAGCUGUUGGCGAGGUUAAACAAGAGCUUUCAGUUAAGAAAAAUGCUCUCCAAGCUACCGCCCAGGAAAUGGUUUCAGUUGAAGAGAGGAAAGCUGAGCUUUUAGCAGAGGUUGCCAAGUUUAACCUUGCCUUGAAGGAACUGGAGGAGGAGAAAAAGCUAUUGAAGACUCAGUCUGCCCAGGAAUUAGACAUGAAGGAGCAAGAACAAGCGCUGUGUAAUGCCACUACAAAGGCAAACAAGAGAGCCAAUGAUGACCUCCUGGCAAAGACGAUGGUUCCUAUCCAGGAGGCUGAGAAGCUUUUGAAUGAUUUGAACCAAAUCCUCUCCAAAGUCAACUGA